UAUGUCUCUCUCCCUCCCUUUAGAGGGGAGGAGGGAGUGGGGGAGAGUACACGCCCCCCCACUGCAUCCGACGAGGGAGGAGGAGGGAAGGGCAACGCAGCAUCAGCAUCUCAACGUCUAGAACGAGAAUGACAAACAUUUAAACCCUCUGAGCACAGUCACCACGGAGAUGACUAAUUACUGGGCCGCCAUGCACUGACUGCAGAGACCGGCGCUGUCUAAUCGCUGGAGUGAAGAGGGGUGGAGAGGAGACUGUUCAUUUGGGGCGUCCAAACUAAUUUAUGGAUAAUAGCUUAAUCGUGGGAACAGACUACGUGCUGAACAGCAAGCGUCCUCUUUAAAUAUUCAUCUGCUCCAACCGAGCAGCUGCUCAGACCACCUGCCACGCCUCCACAUGUGGUGCUUCAGAGGCUGGGAUCUGGCUAAUAUCUGGAACAACUGACACCCCCCCUCCCAGAUCCUACACUCCCUGCUACUACAGCCUCCUUCUGGACCAGGCUAAUCUCUGGGUCUGGGUGUCUGGCAUGUUCUGCUUCUGCCUGCAGAGUUCUCUACUGAAGCUCCAGGCGCUGGAGGUGGAGGGAGGCGCCUCUCUUGCUCAGUCCCCAGACGAGGGCUCCCCUGCCCAAGGGAGCAAGGAGAAGAAGAGCCCCUGUGGCCCUCCGGAGCUCCGAGGGAAUGAGGGGAAGACGCCGGCUCUCUGCCACGGUGUCUUCUCUGACGAGAACAACCUGCCAGAACGGCUCACAGUUCUAACCAGACCUCCACCAUUAACCGUUCACCCUGGGCACCAGCCCCUGAUCCCUGAUGGAGCUGUGCCCCCCAGCCCUGGGGUGGAGGUGGGAGGGGAGGGGGGAAGUGGACCUCUCCUCCAGCUGCUGUCUGGAGGACCAAGUCCUCUUCCCUCGCCCCGCUGCCUCACCCCCAGCCAGAGGUUCAACUCUGACCCAGAGACGGCCCCGUCACCCCCCUGCAGCCAGCAGUACAUGCAGUGUCAGGCUCGGGACUGGUCUGAGGUCUCAGAGCAGCCCUCCUGUCCCUCGUCCAUCUCCUUCCUCACCAAACAGAUUCAGACCCUGAAGAAGAAGGUCCGUCAGUUUGAGGAUCAGUUUGAGCAGGAGAUGAACUACAAGCCGUCCCACAACGAUAAAUACUCCAACCCGGAGAUGAUCCGCGUGAUGGGGGACCUGGCCACGGCUCGGCGACGUCUGAAAGAAAUGAGACUCAGACAGUCGGUGUUCGAGUGCAAGGAGCCGGAAGUUCCAGAGAACUCCUGCAGGUCGGGCCAGCAGGUGGAGCCACGCCCUUCUCUGGAGGACACGGUGGAGGUUCUUUUAGAACGGCUGAGGGAGAAGAGGCAGGCCCUGGGCCUUCCAGACAACAUGAAGGACAUGACUCAAGCUCAGAUGGUCCUGGAGAAGAUGACCCUGCAGAAGUGUCUGCUUUUUGAGAGUCUUCACGGCCGACCGGCAGUGAAGCAGAAGAACCUGGUGAAGCCUCUCUAUGACCGAUACCAGAUGAUCAAACGUUUGCUCUGCAGCAGCCCGACUAUCGGCACCAUAGAGGAGGAGGACGGUGUCUGAUGAGACUCGAUGAGCUCCUUGGCGGUCCAUGAACUGCCCGACCCGCCUCCUUGCACAACAUCUGGACCAACGGAUGGCGACCCGGCCUUUGUUUCCCCGCUGGACGAGGUGAAGGUCGUCCACCAGCAGGCCUUCGUUGCCACAGCUAACCUGCACGAGGCCUCCAGGUCUCAGCUGCUGGAGUAUUUCCGAGAGACGAGGGCCGAGAAGAAGACGAGGCGUAAAGCUCUGAGAGAGUUUGAGGACGAGCAUCACCGUCAAACUGGAAGAAUGUUCCAGAAGGAGGAUCGCGGUCCGAAGGAGGAGUACCAGGACUACAAGCAGCUCACCAAACUGCGGCUGCUGGAGGUUCUCCUCAGCAAACAGGAAGUCCACCAAAACCACGUGAGGGGGGAGCAGAAGCUACCGAGAAACCUCCUCCAAGUCUCAGAGGAAGUGUGUUAGGUCUCGCGCUGUCCUUUCCCUCGUUAAUUCCCUUCACAGACGAGUCACACUCUCUCUUUACAAGGUCUACCGAGAAAAGAAGUCGCUACAAACAGCUAACCUGGCUGUGCUUGCCGUUAGCAUGUUAGCUGAGCACAUCUACCAUGUUACGGUAGCACGCUAACUUCAAAUAGCCAUGUUUUAGAUUUUUGUAUUUCCUUUGCAUUUGUGACGUUAAGACUUAUAAAACCUUUCAGGAUAUUUACAGUAUUACAAGUACACACAGAGACGUCUCCAUGGAAACCGUACACCAGCAUCCUCCAGUGUAUUUAUUUAUUUACCUGUUCCAGUCCACAGAACG